AUGUCGAUCAUGGACCACAGCCCGACCACCGGGGUGGUGACGGUCAUCGUCAUCCUGAUCGCUAUUGCCGCUCUGGGCGCCCUGAUUCUGGGCUGCUGGUGUUACCUGCGCCUGCAGAGAAUCAGCCAGUCGGAGGACGAGGAGAGCAUCGUGGGCGAGGGAGAGACCAAAGAGCCCUUCCUCCUGGUGCAGUAUUCUGCCCGCGGGCCGGGCAUGGAGAGGAAAACCAAGCUGACCCCCAACGGCACCGAGGCUCACAGCUAA